AUGUCCGACGAUAUCAAAGUUCCCGGCUUCAACGCUUCCGAGCUCAUUUCUGGCCUGAAAGACGUCUUUGAGAAGUACAGCGACACAGAAAGGCAAGCACAAAUUAAAAAGACCAACGGAAUCUUCGAGCUCCAGGUUUCAAAUGACGCAAAGGAGACUGCGACAUGGACGAUUGACAUGAAGAAGACUGGAACUGUCUUCAAAGGCAAGGCUCAACCGAAAGCCGACGUCACUAUCAUUCUCUCAGACGAGACUCUGAUUGACCUCGCGAAUGGCAAGCUCAACGGCCAAAAGGCAUUUAUGACUGGCAAACUGAAGACAAGAGGAAACAUGAUGCUCGCCACAAAACUUGACACCGUUCUAAAGGGUGCCAAGGCGAAGCUGUGAUUUUGUAUACUCCGCCGCACAUCUUUAUCUUAAAAAUCAUUACGAUGAUGGAACCAUUUGCAUUCGUGCCCCAGCCUGCAGCCCUGGACGUACAAGAACGGUGUAUUAUUGUAAUGAGAGGAGAGUGUAUCGCAAUAAAGGCAACUAAAACAGUU